AUGGCCGACUCGGAAUCUACCCAUCCUAGGAGCUUGGAGUCAUGUGCAAAUGCAGCCCAGACUCAUACCACCGGAGACCUCACUCUGUUACACAAGACAACUCACUCAAACUCAAAACUGCAGCGACCUCCAAAACCAAAACUCAAGCCCAGCAACCCAAUUGAAGAAGCCACCAAAUCCUGGCUCGAGAUCCUACCUCCAGAACUCCUCGACGUCGAAGAAACCGCCAAACUCAUUUCUAGUGUCCCAAGAAGAUGGGUAGCAUACCCUCCGAUGGUUCUGCUACCAGCUGGGAGCUUCUCGCAUGAAUCAUGGCAAAUCAUCCAGGAAUUACUCGCCGCACCACUCCAGGAUGAACUAUGGACUCGGAUCCUAUCAGGGAUCAGCAAGAAAGAGGGGAAAGGCCCUCUCACGCAUCUUGCUAUCAAUUCCGGGAUUCCGCUUCUCGCAGGAAGCGUUGGGGAUGAAAGCCCGGUCCCGGUCACAACGAGAAUGAUGAAUAUACUUCGUACGCCUAGCGGUCUAAUAACCCUUUACGGAGACUUCGGACCCGAACUAUCACCAGCUAUCAUUCCUACAGUGGAGGAUUUCCAGGAGGCAUUUUGGGUCAGCACAAAGCAGAAUGGGAUUACGCAAAUUUGGGCACCGCGCUAUACUAUGUUUAGUAGGGGAAAUGUUAAGGAGAAAGCUCGGUUGCUUGAUUUUCACCGAGGCUCAGAUGAAUUGAGGGAAUCGAGGAGGUGGAGUAAGGAUGAUCUAAGAGGUGAUGUGGCGGUGGAUUUAUAUGCCGGGAUUGGGUAUUUUGUGUUUAGUUAUGUGAAGAUGGGAAUGGGGAGGGUGUUGGGAUGGGAGUUAAAUCCUUGGAGUGUGGAGGGCUUGAGAAGGGGUGCUGUUGCCAACGGUUGGAGUGUGAGAGUUGUGAAGGCAGGAGAAGAGUGGAAGGUUGGUGAUGAAAGUAUCACGGUCUUCGAAGAGGAUAACAACGAGGCCAAGGAGAGAUUUAGGGGGAUAGCUGCGGGAAGAAUGGGAAGUGUGAGACAUGUUAAUUGUGGGUUCCUCCCAACAAGUGAAGGGAGUUGGGAAAUGGCGCUCGGGAUCUUGACUGGAGAUGGUUGGAUUCAUUUACAUGAAAAUGUCGGAGUAAACGAGGUUGAGGCUAGGAAGAGGGAGAUUGAACUUAUGUUUAAGAACUGGAUAGGCAAAGCGGGGAAGAAGGCGGAAGUGAUGGUUGAACAUGUCGAAUUCGUUAAGACAUUUGCCCCUGAUGUGUGGCAUUGUGUCUUCGACCUCUAUAUUACAAACAUGGGCUAA